AGUUGACAGUGACAGGUGUGGUGGUAGUAAAACAAAAUCCCGAAAAAUAACCAAAAAAUGUUAUCUUUUUACGUUUAAUUGGUAUUUAUUUAUUUUUAAUCAAGCAAUAAUUUUAUAUUUUUAAGAAUGUUGUCAAUAAAGAGAUUACCGACGCUGUCCGCCUCGAAGAUUCAGUCAAAGAUGCACUUCGACUUCCGACACAGUUUAUUACAGCACCAAAUAAACAAACGAUGUGAUUUCAAUAUUAUAAAUUUGUGCAGAUCAUUCUCAGCAUUGCAUAACUUAACGAGAAAAUCCAGAAAUCCGCAACUUCACCAGCUCAAUGCAGAGUGUAAAGCAGCAUACUCGCUUUUAAAGCGAUCAAAUUUGCCAGCGUUGAAUUCAAUUGUAAAUACGAGGCUGGGUUUCCGGGGCUUGCAUACAACUUCUCCAUCGUGUGAAAAACAGAAUGAACCUAAUGAUGACAAGAACAAAAAAGACAAGAAAAAAGGUGACAUAGAUGAUAACAUGCCAUCGCUGCUUCUAAAAGCAGCAUUCUGGAUGCUGACCACUAGUAUACUGGUUAUUGCCAGCUCCUUACUUGUUCCUAGUGACAACACGCAAAAUGAGCUCAUCCGAUAUGUCUCAUGGAACGAGUUUGUCUACUCCAUGCUGUCAAAAGGUGAGGUGGAGGAACUGAUUGUGAGGCCAGAUAUGGAAGUCGUCACCAUCAUCUUGCACGAAGGAGCCAUCAUCAAAGGGAAAAAGACAAAUCAUCGAGUGUACCAUAUGAAUGUUGGAGACAUACACAGAUUUGAAGAGAAACUUAGAGAAAUAGAAACAAGCUUGGGAGUUAAAGAAGGCGUCCGCGUGAUCUACGACCGUAACGGCAGCGUGGCCGGCAAGGUGAUCACCACGCUGCUCAUCGGCGCCGUCAUCCUGUCCUUCCUGUACUCCACCAAGUCGAUGAAGAUGAACAUCAACCUGGGAGGCUUUAACCAGCUAAGCCGCGCCAAGUUUACCCUAGUGGAUAGCAUGAGUGGUCAAGGCAAGGGCGUGAAGUUUGAAGACGUGGCUGGACUGCGCGAGGCAAAGAUCGAAGUCAUGGAGUUCGUGGACUACCUCAAGCGGCCGGAGCACUACAAGAGCUUGGGAGCUAAGGUGCCAAAAGGAGCGUUGCUGCUGGGCCCGCCUGGCUGUGGCAAGACUCUCUUGGCCAAAGCAGUGGCCACUGAAGCCAACGUGCCUUUCCUCUCCAUGAAUGGCUCCGAGUUCAUAGAGAUGAUUGGUGGGCUAGGCGCUGCGAGAGUCAGAGAUCUGUUCAAGGAAGCAGCUUCUCGUGCGCCCUGCAUCAUCUACAUAGACGAGAUGGAUGCGGUGGGACGCGCGCGGUCAUCCGGCGCGACUUCCUUCGGCCCUGGUGGGGGGGAGGGGGAACAGACCCUCAACCAGCUGCUGGUGGAAAUGGACGGCAUGAAGAGCCGGGAAGGAGUCGUGGUUCUGGCCUCGACUAACAGGGCUGAUGUGCUUGAUAAGGCACUGCUCCGACCAGGCCGCUUCGACCGCCACAUCCUGAUCGACCUGCCGACUCUUCAGGAGCGCGAGGAGAUCUUCCAGCGGCAUCUCAAGAGCAUCGUGCUGGAGGAACUGCCGCCCUACUAUGUCAAACGGCUGUCAUACCUCACGCCCGGCUUCAGCGGCGCGGACAUCGCUAACGUGUGCAACGAGGCGGCAUUGCACGCCGCGCGGUACAAACAGACAAUCGUACGCGCCGCCGACUUGGAGUACGCCGUGGAGAGAGUUGUCGGUGGCACAGAAAAACGCAGUCACGCCAUGUCCCCAGCAGAGAAGAAGAUAGUGGCAUACCACGAGUCGGGACACGCGUUAGUGGGCUGGCUACUAGAACACACGGACGCACUGCUCAAGGUCACCAUCGUGCCUCGAACCAACAUGGCGCUGGGAUUCGCGCAGUACACCACGUCAGACCAGAAACUUUACUCGCAGGAAGAGCUAUAUGACCGCAUGUGUAUGGCGCUGGGCGGGCGCGCGGCCGAGGCGAUCACAUUCAACUCCAUCACCAGCGGCGCGCAAAAUGACCUCGAGAAGGUCACCAAGAUUGCGUAUGCGCAGGUGCGAAUCUACGGCAUGUCGCCUACGGUCGGCUUGCUGUCGUUCCCUGAUCUACGGGAACACGGCAAGAGUCCUUUCAGCAGAACUCUGAAGAACCUUAUUGACCUGGAGGCGAGGAAACUCAUCGCCAACGCGUAUUACCGCACAGAGGACCUGCUUCGGACGAACCGGGAUAAGUUGAAAGCGCUCGCCGAAGCGCUCCUAAAAAAAGAAACGCUGAACUACAAAGAAGUGGAGGCCAUCCUCGGCCCGCCGCCCCACCCGAGGAAGAAGUUCAUCGACCCCGUGGAGUUCGAGAACAACCUACGGAACCUCGAAAAGGCCGCGGCUUCGGAGCCCGUGCCUUCAGACGCGCCCUCCGCGAAGCCCGAGCCAAAUGUAUAGGCUAGUUUAGGUAAGUAGACGGUGCACUCGUAAUUUAAUAUGGACGCAAUAUCGUAAUAAUCGCAAUAAAUCGUAUUACGUUAGA